AUGGCGCGUCGCAAAUCAAACGCGCCGCCGAGUGUCACGCGGCCGCCGCCGGGUCAGCAGAAGCUCUCCAGCGCCGAGAGAUCAGGUUUGUACGCCAGAAGAGAGGCGGCCAAUGUUCUCCGGACGGUUCUCCGAGGUGACGCCAAGCGUCGAGCCGUUGCCUCCAUUAAGUCACUCGUCCUGAGCCCAUCCGUCCGCAACAAACGCGGCACUUACGCUCUUGUUUGCGAGACCCUCAAGCAUCUUAAUGUGAUAAAGGAGGUUCUGGAAAUCGCUAAUAUACUGAAUAGCAAGUGGAAGAGGCAAGAGGCUCUGGUCUACAUUAUUUGCUACGAUAUCCUUUUUGGCAAGAAGGAGACUGCAGCAGUUGCUGAUGCUGAGAAGUUUCUCCUGCGCCAUAAAGAUGCUCUGCUGUCAGGUGUGGCCACGCUUCUAGUGAAGAAGAAAGUCGAAAGCGUAGACGAUUUGUUGGAUCGUUCUCAGCUUCCUGAUUUGAUACCACGUUAUGCUCGUGUGAAUACACUCAAGAUUGAUGUAGAUUCCGCAGUGAAGGAGCUGGAGAAACUGUACAAGGUGCAGAAGGAUGAGACAGUUCCUGACUUGUUGGUGAUGCCCCCUCGCAGCGAUUUGCAUGCUCAUCCAUUGGUCAUGAAUGGGCGUAUAUUUUUGCAGGGGAAAGCAAGUUCAAUGGUAGCAGCGGCACUACAGCCAGAAGCAGGAUGGGAUGUUCUUGAUGCCUGUUCAGCUCCAGGAAACAAAACUGUUCAUCUUGCUGCUCUUAUGAAAGGACAAGGAAAAGUCAUAGCAUGUGAGCUAAAUGAAGAACGACUAAAGCGUUUGGAACAGACUGUAAAGCUGUCUGGUGCUACCAAUAUUAAAGUCGUUCAUGGUGACUUUUUGAGCCUAAAUCCGCAAGAUCCUUCUUAUGCAAAGGUUCGGGCUAUAUUGUUGGAUCCUUCUUGCUCUGGCUCUGGAACCGUUACAAAUCGUUUGGACCAUCUCCUUCCUUCUCAUUCAGCAGAUAACACAAAGUAUGACGCUAUGAGACUCCACAAGCUCGCUGUUUUCCAGAAGAAGGCUCUUGCCCAUGCACUCUCCUUUCCACAGGUUGAGAGAGUAGUAUACAGCACAUGCUCCAUCCACCAGAUAGAAAACGAAGACGUGGUCUCAUCUGCUUUACCUCUGGCUUCAUCUCUCGGCUUCGAGCUCGCUACUCCUUUUCCUCAAUGGCAACGUCGUGGUCUCCCUGUAGUUGAAGGAUCUGAGCAUUUACUCAGGAUGGAUCCGGUCGAGGACAAAGAAGGGUUCUUCAUCGCGUUGUUCACCAAGACAAACAAAGUCGAUAGCCCGGACUCGUCUGAACUUCCCGAGAGAGAGUGUAGAAGAAAACGCAAUCAAAGCAGCGACCAAGCUCAUCCCUUGCUUUGGCCCAAAGUGUAUAGAGCUUGGAGAUGGAGCUUGCAAGGGCGCAAAAGGAAACUCGUAUGA